GCUCUUCCAAGAUGGCGGUGGUUUACUUGCAAUUUUUACGAUUAAUUUUACUUUAUCUUUUCUUGUCUAUACUGCUUUUUUCGUUAACGUAUUGCCUGUAUGAAGAUCAAAUUGGAUUUUUCGAUUGGAGAAAAAGAUUUGUAGGGAAACUAAAUUACGUAAAUUUUGAUGGAUCGGCUGCAAAUAACAAGAGAAUUAUCGUAUCUUCCGAAGAAAACGUUUUGGCUGCACUGAACUCAAGAACCGGUAAUCUUAUAUGGCGUCGUGUACUAGAAAGAAGUAAUAAUACUAUUGACAAACUGCUUUAUUUUUCGGAAACCUUGAUUAGUUUAUCUGGACACGGAAAGUUUUUACGUUCUUGGGAUCCGGCGAAUGGAAAUAUCAUUUGGGAAAACACAUUUGGAGUUGAUGAGAGUUUGAUGAAGAAGCCAUUGGCGCGUGGUUUAAAGUCUGUUGAUGCGAUUGUCUCUGAUGAACAUACGCAAAACGUCUUUGCUAUGGCUGGGAAUAAUGUCAAGGCUUACUCUAUUGCUUCCGGAAAAGAAAUUUGGGUGAAGGAAGAAACGUUAGAUAGAUAUUUAUUUGGUUUAAUGUUCAAUGAUGACAGUUUAUUCACUCUUGGCAGUCAGAAUGAUGAAAUAUUCAUGCAGAAACUGAAUAUUGAGACAGGGAAGGAAGAAAACGUCCACACAGUUGUUGUUCCAUGGCUAUUUCAUAAAGAAACCUCUUGUAUAUUUAUCUCUAAUGUUCUCAUGUGUGCUGACCCUGUUGAAAAAAUUUUACAUACAUUACAAUUACAGAGUGAAGGAAUUUCAGUUCAGAGCACUCAAAUUUCAUCACUAUCUUCAAAGGUUUUAAAAAAUGUUGAAAAACUGACUCUAUAUCUCCCACACUCACUUUCAAUAACUCAGAGUCGCAGAGAAUGUGUUUUGCAAUUGUCAGAAAAACAUUCAAUGUUGUUAAAGUUGAACGAAGACAAUUCGAUAGUAUUACUGCAGGAAUACAAUGAAGAAAUGUUGUUUCAUACUUCAUCUUUUGGUGCUGAGGUGUUGUUGAUGACAGCAACAUUGUCAACCAGUGGUAUGGAGUUAAAAUGUUAUAAUGGUGACACAAUGUCUGAGAUUGAAGAUAUGGUACAAACAUUGUCUUUUCCAUCGCACCAUGGCAAGCCUGUCAACAUAUUCACUCAUUUCUUUUUACGUAAAGAUAAUUCAAUUGGUUACAGAGUCUUAACAAUAUUUGAAGACUACUCAGUCUCACUCUCACAGCAUACUGGUCGUAUAUUUUGGACAAGAGAAGAAUCCUUGGCUUCUAUUACUGCUGUUGAAAUGAUAGAGUUGCCUGUUUCUCCACAACAAGCAAACUUUGAAGCCUUGCAGAGAGAGUUUGGUUACCAUCAUGAUGGAAAAGUCUUUUCAAUGUUCUCUCAACGAAUCCAGGCCCAGUUCCAACAGUUUCAAGCAUUUUUGGCAAGUUUGAAUAUUGAACGAGAGGAAAACCUUGGAGAGAGUGAUGAUCAGAAGAAUGGGGAGGAUCUAACAAGAGAUCAGUUUGAUUUACGGAAGAUUAUUGUUGUUGUUACUGCAUCUGGAAAGUUAUUUGGUUUGGAUACAAUAGAUGGUUCUAUUAUUUGGCAACAAUUUAUUCCAGACAUGGCACCAUUUGUAACAAAUGGAAAAUCUCUGUUAUAUAUGCAGAGAAGUGUCGCACAUUUCCCCCUUGUACCACAAUGUGUAGUUGUGGGAAGGUCGCAAUCAGGACAAGGUUCUGUCAUGUUUACAUUCAAUCCUUCAACUGGACAAUCUAUUGAUCCAAGAACGCCUCAUGGUGAGAGGUUACCCUACAAUAUACAUCAGACUAUGUUGUUACCAUACCAUGAUGAUAAAUUCUCCAAACUCCUCCUAGUGGUUGACACAUCCCUAAAUGCUCAUGUCUAUCCAAAUAACAAGAGAGCUCUGUCCAUUAUUAACGCCAAGUCUAAAUCAAUAUUUAUUCAUAUUGCUGAUAAAAUGGAACUGAAAGGGUAUGUUGUAAAUGCAGAGCAAAUGGCACUUGAAGAAGUUUGGAAGAUUCCUUUAUCACCUUCUGAACACAUCAUUGAUCAAAUUGUUUUUAAGAGGCUUGGUGAGCAUGUGCAUUCUCCAGGUCGGGUGUUGGGUGAUCGCAGAGUGUUGUAUAAAUAUUUAAAUCCAAACCUAAUGGCCGUUGUAACAAGAUCUCCUUCAAUCUCAAAGCCAACAGUUCAUAUUUUCCUUAUUGACUCAGUCACAGGAAAUAUAAUUCAUCAUGGACGACACAGAAAUGCUCAGGGGCCUCUUCAUGUGGUUCAUUCUGAGAACUGGAUAAUUUAUAAAUAUUACAACACAAAGGCACGGCGUCAUGAGUUAGCUGUACUUGAGUUAUAUGAGGGUUAUCAAGAACGGAACAGUACUGCAUUUUCCUCACUUGAUCCUCCUGUUUCCCCUAUGGUACUACAGCAAUCGUACAUCUUCCCCUUCAACGUAGAUUCGAUGACCACCACCAUCACCAAUGCUGGUAUCACAAAGAAAACGUUGUUAGUCGGUGUGAGUCUGGGAUAUAUUUAUUCUUUACCGAAGAUGUUUCUUGAUCCGAGGAGAAAUUUAACAGAUUCCCCAAGAUUACGAGAGGAAGGAUUAAUGCCCUACAUACCGGAGUUGCCAUUAAUGACAACUUCUUUUAUCAAUUAUAACCAAACUGUGAGCAACAUUGAAGGAAUUUACACAUCUCCCGCAGGACUUGAAUCAACAUGUUUGGUAUUUACGUAUGGUUUAGAUCUUUAUUUCACACGCGUUACCCCUUCACGUUUAUUUGAUGUUUUGAAGGAAGAUUUUGAUUAUUGGUUUAUUUCAGCCACGCUGAUCCUUUUAGCAAUCGUUACUUUAGUUUCUGCUAGGUUUGCUUCAGUAAAAGUUUUAAGACAGAUGUGGCGCUAAGGUAGUAAUUGUUUUAUUUCAUUGUUUAUCUUGAUUAUACUAAAGUAAUUAGAUUCAUGUAUAACUGGUUUUGAGGAAUAUUCGUGCUGUAUCAUACAGUAUAGGAUGUGAUGCGAUUGUGAGAAAAAAUAAACUUCCAAAAAUCCAUCCAUAUCAUUCGUUUCAUGUCCCAUUUAUCAUAUGUGGACUUACUCAUAGUGACAAAAAUACAAUCGAUUAAAUUUAACCUUUUAGUGAAUAGCGAUCAAAUAGAACACAAUUUAAAUUCUUA